UAACUUCAUCAACAGAGGGUAAAAGCGGAUAGCAUAGAUCCUCUACUACACUCAACCAAAGAUUGUAAAGUGUACCAGCCAAUCCGUUUGGUCGAAUCGUGGCGACCAGAAUUAAAUUUGUUUUCUAAGGGUGAAGUGAUUGAUCUUUCUGCCUUUAUAUCGAUGGAUACCACGAGGAAAAUUAAAAAGCCUGGAAUAAUUUAUCUAAACUUUAUACCCAGGUAUAUAACUGUGACAAAAGUUCGUGAAAUCUUUUCUGAUUUUGGAGAAGUACGUAGAAUAUUUUUGAAACCUGAAAAGACUAGACCUGGAAAACAAGGUAAAAUUUUUACCGAAGGUUGGGUAGAAUUUACGAAAAAGAAGGUUGCAAAGAGAGUAGCUGAGUGCCUUAAUGGCACUCAGGUUGGUGGAAAAAGGCGUACGCCAUAUUAUGAUUCGCUAUGGAGCAUAAAAUAUCUGCCUAAACUGUUUAUCUGUUCUAGAUUUCAAUGGAGCCACUUGAGUGGAAAGAAAGCAUAUGAGAAAUCUAAAAAAGUUCACAAAAUGAAAGCAGAAAUCUCUAAAAUUAAACGAGAGAUAAAUUUCUAUUCUAGAGGAUUGUCCUAUAAGAAGAUACAGUAGCUAACCCUGUGUCAUGAACUUAAUUUAGAAUGCUGCUUUAAAAAAAACUGAACUGCAUCUGGUAAGAAGGUUAAUAUUUCAGAUACAGCUUUAAAAAAGGCCGAAGAAAUGUUUACUGAAGUAGUGCAGGCUGAAGAGGAUUCUGUCAGUGAUGAUAAAGGUGUGAAAUCUGUCACUAGAAAAUACAUUUAAAACCGAAAGGAGCAGCUUGUCUUUCGAUUACAAAUCAGCUAACAUCCCGGGCCCAGUGAAGGAUAAGCAUUUGAAUGAGAAUGUUAGUAAAUAUACAAAUAUGAAAAUUUACAAAAAUUGUUUUUUUCUACAUGUAUAAAUAUCAACAUAAUCUGUUUUGGAGGCAAAUUGUCUCAUUAGACUGAAAAAGGUUAAAAUUUAUUUGCAGAUAUAAUAGAAAUAUAAUUACUUUUAGAGACAAAAUAAAAAAGAUUUGAUAUUAAUCUUUAUGGAUAUGUGCCUCUCAUGUGUUUUGUGAACACUUUUUUAAGGAUGCUUAUUUAUUUUUAUGUAUCAAUAGAAACAUUUCUCAAUUUCAAGUCAAAAAGAAUUUUAGCAAAUAAAUUUAAAAAUAUUUAGAUCUUUCAAAACAGGCCUAAAGUUUUAUUUUAUUAUUUUGGUCAAAAAAUGUAAAUUAGAAAAAAAUAUAAAAGUUAGAAUAUGAAAUAACUAACAAAAAAUAGUUUAGAUUAUAAAAUAAUAGUAAAAAAAUUAUUUAUAAAAUGUAAUAUCUGCACGAUACAUCCAAACCAAACAUAGCAAAAUAUACAUAAUAUUUUUUGUCUAAUCAACCAGAAAUCUACAUAAACUCUAACCCAAAGAUUGAGUUGAAAAUAUGUUAUUUUAUAUUGACCUAAAUAUUACAUUUCCUUAGAAUUUUUUUUUAUCGUUACUGGUUAAAAUAUGAAAUAUGAGAUUUUAGGUCACUUCCAGAAGACCUACAACUUUUUAUCAGAUAGAAAUUUUGAAUUUCUUAAAAAAUUGUGGUGCAACCUAAAAUAUAAUAACUAAAAUUUUAAUAGCAACAUUACAAGUUAAUGCAUAUUUUCAACAAUUGUUAGAUGUAACAAAAUUGCAAUUACUGUUUGGGCUACUGUAUUGGCUAUAAAUGAAAAGAGUAUCACUUUUUAGUCAGCUGUUACAUUUAAAAAAAAUGGACUUAGUCUAUAAAGCUCCUUACAUGUUUUGAAGACACAAAGUAUUACAAAAUUUGAAUAGAGAUACUCUAGGCCAAAAGUUAGUUAUGGCACUACUUUUUGAGGGGAAUAAAACUUUGUAUUAAUAUUGUAUCAUUGUAUUAUUAUUGUAGAAUUUUUGUAAUCAUUAAAAUAAUUUGAGUAAUUUUGUAAACAUUCUUUAUUAUCUCAAAUUUCUUAGUUUUGUACCAUAUUCUUCAGAUUUCAUUUUAUUCAAUGUCAAUUAUCCUGUAGUGAAAAAUUCUUCUGCCUUCAUAAGUUAUCAUUUUCUUUUUAAUUUAUGUGUUCUAAAUAAUAUGAAAAUGUCAGAAAUUAUCAGACCAUGUAUUUAUUUCAAAUGAAAUAAAAUUGAAUGAAUGGCA